UUCAUGCCGUUUUCUUGCACUAUAAGGUCUAAAUUAAACGAUGACAUUCUUGAGAUUGAGCCGUGUGAGAUGUAAGUCUCAUGCACAGGUUUGAAUGAGAGAUAAAAGUGGAAUCCUCUUUUCAACUGACUCUUCCACUCCAGUUACCUCCUUGAUGGAUGUACGUUUUGACUUAUUGGCCUUGCUACUAUUUCUUAGGGCUUUUGGCUGAAAUGAUCAACUUUUAGCAUUUGCUUGCUGAAAUGAUUCGUUUUUAGCAUGUCGAUCGUUGAGUCGUUAAUAUUUGAUUGAUAUGUCGUCGAUAUUUGAUUGAUAUCAUUUCAACAACCAAAUGUCAAAAACUGAUCAUUUUAGCUAAUUGCCCAAUAAAGAGGGCCCGGGCUUUCAAAAUUGAAAUAGUCCUUGACUGACUUUACAUCUGUAAUAGUAAUGAGUUGUUUCUUGGACAAGCUGCUUUGGAAGGAAAAAGAGUGAAAGUGGAAAAUUCUUUGCUCCAAUACAGGGGAAAUCCUGUCUGUCCAUCUUCUUCUUGCCUUUGGGAAGACAAGAUACGCAAACCAAAGCUGCCAAACAGAAGACAUUUGUAUGUAGCGUCAUUCAACAACUACUAUGAUAUCCCAAUUGGCGCUGGCAGCAGUCUCUGUUGUUUUUGGAGCACUGGUGCCACUUUUUAUGGCCUUAAUUGUUAUCAAGGGAUGGUCUUGGUCUUGGCAUUGGUCAUGGUCCUGGCGGAUUUCGUGGCAACCAAGAAUUGUGUAUUGCUUACGCGGCCACGAAUAUGGAGCUACAUCCUCCGAGUAUGCAAGCCACCGUCCUAGGCUCACAGCCACCUCCGGUGGCCAGUCUUGUAGUCAGCCUCUUGAUCAUGAACAAGAAUGCUGCAAAUUGGAUGAGGAUGAUCUGAAAGUAUUGGUUUCCCACAUAAACGAGACCAACGGAUGUCCACCGUGGAAGCUCAUGAUGGAGCAUUCUACCCCUUCUCUGACAUACCAAGCUUGGUACAGGGACCCGCGGUUAGGUCCUACGCAGUACCGUACGAGAACAGUGUUUGAAAACGCAUCGCCUGAGUUGCUGAAAGACUUCUUCUGGGAUGAUGAGUUCAGAUCCAGCUGGGAUAACAUGUUGAAAUUCUUCCAGAUUUUGAGUGUUUGCUCCCAAACUGGUACCAUGACUGUUCACUGGAUAAGAAAGUUGCCCCUCCUCUGCAGUGAUAGAGAAUACGUUAUAGUCCGUCGUAUUUGGGAAUCUCCGUCUGGAUAUUAUUGUACAACAAAGGGGACACCAUAUCCAUCCUUACCAACGUCUAAAACAGCAAUAAGGGUAGAUAAUUACUAUUCCAGUUGGCGUAUAAGCUCAGUGAACGGUAGGAAUGCAGAAGAGCAGCAAAUGGCAUCAGAAGUGCUUUUGUUUCACCAUGAAGAUAUAGGGCUUCCAAGGGAGAUUGUGAAGAUAGGUGUUAGGGCAAGAAUGUGGGCCAUGGUCAAGAGAUUGCAUGCAGGAGUGCAGAUGUACAGCGUCGCAAGGGCAAACGGGUCUACUUCCAGUUGUGCAGUCAUGGUAAAUGUAACCACAAAGGUUUCACCAUCCACAGUAGAACUUCCCAGUUCACAAGUUACUGCAGAUGAGAUAUGCCAGAGGGAAACGGAAACCCACUCAUCUGACCAUUUAUCCAAGGAUAAAUGGUAAGAGAGUCCUAAUUGUUUGAUUGGAAAAAAUCAUACCUCUAGUGGAAAAUUUAUGUAAGUAAAGGCACCUCGCAAAACAUUUUUUCAUUAAAAAACUCUUAAACAACUUUCUUUAUC